CGGCCGUGCCCCUCCCCUCCCCUCCCGCCCGGAUCUCGCGCGCGACGGAGGUAGCCGCCCCCCUCCCUUCCAGAAGCUUCUAGAAGCUCCCUUCCUCAUCACUCCCCCCCCCCCCAACACCCCCCCUCCGCGCGGAUGAGCGGCGGCUCGGGCCACCUCCCCUACUCGAUGCGCGAUGUCGACGGCGUCGGCGCCUACAACAACGCCAAGUUCCGCCACCGAUCUCGCCUCAGGAUGGCCACCCAGUCUCUGUUUACCAAUAGUAGCAAGUACCAAUGUGGAAAGUUUACUGUUGGAAAAUUUUUGAGUCUUUUAAUGGUUUCUGGUUUGAUAUACUUAUUUGCGCACAAAAGUUCAGAUGGUUUUGUAUCUGGUGAGAUCCAUGACAAAGUAGAGAAUAGACAUACCAAGAAAGAUUCUCCCAAAAUUCACACAUUUUGGAGAAAACCACCAAGGCUGCCACCACGUCUCCCUCCAAAUGAAAUAUAUAAAAACAAUUCAUUACUUCUACAGUCUCCUCCAUCUGAAUGGGCAUCGAGGCAGAAGAAAGUUAAAGAAGCAUUUGAACAUGCGUGGUCUGGCUACCGAAAUUAUGCAAUGGGCUAUGAUGAGCUUAUGCCUUUAAGCCGCAGAGGUGUAGAUGGACUUGGAGGUCUAGGUGCUACUGUUGUGGAUUCUUUAGACACUGCAAUAAUAAUGGGUGUUGAUGAUGUUGUUUCUGAAGCAUCAAAAUGGAUCGAAGAUAACCUCAUGAAAAAGUUAAGUGAGAAAGGGCAAGUCAAUCUAUUUGAAACAACUAUCCGUGUCUUGGGAGGGCUACUUAGUGCCUAUCACUUGAGUGGUGGAGACAAAGCUAGAGGAUCUGACUCUGGUGUACCAGUGACAUCUAAAAGGGCCAAUCCAGAGCGUCUUUUGGAAGUUUCAAAGGAUCUGGCAGACAGGUUAUUAUUAGCCUUUACAUCAAGCCCAACUGCUAUACCUUUCAGUGAUGUUGUUCUUCGUGAUCGUACUGCACAUGCAGCCCCUGAUGGUUUAAGCAGUACCUCUGAGGCUACAACAUUGCAGCUGGAGUACAGUUACCUUAGCACAAUCUCAGGAGAUCCAAAGUAUGACUUAGAGGCAAUGAAGGUGUUAGAGCAUAUGCGUAAACUCCCAACAGUGGAGGGUUUGGUCCCUAUUUACAUCAACCCCUCCUCUGGUCAAUUUAGUGGAGAAAAUAUCCGAUUAGGAUCUCGUGGUGACAGUUACUAUGAAUACCUAUUGAAAGUAUGGGUUCAGCAAGAAAAAUAUCGUAACACUAGUUUGAAGUAUCUGUUUGAAAUGUAUACAGAAGCAAUGAGAGGGGUCAAGCAUCUUCUUGUUCGCAAAACUAUUCCAAAUGGGCUGGUUUUUGUUGGGGAGCUCCCCUAUGGACGAAAUGGUGGUUUUAGCCCUAAAAUGGAUCACCUGGUGUGUUUUCUUCCUGGUACCCUUGCUCUGGGUGCAACAAAGGGUAUAACCAAGAAAAAAGCACUUGAAAAUCAUUUGUUGACUGUGGAAGACUUAGAAAAUCUUCAGCUUGCUGAAGAUUUGGCCAAAACUUGUGUUGAAAUGUACUUUGUGACAUCUACUGGACUUGCUCCUGAAAUUGCUUAUUUUCACAUUGAGGGUAAUUCUGAGGGAGGACCUGAUGGUGGGAACAAAAGUUCUCAAUAUGUUAAUGAUAUCAUGAUUAAACCUCUGGAUCGUCACAAUCUUUUGCGCCCCGAGACUGUAGAAUCACUAUUUGUUUUAUAUAGAAUCACAGAGGAUCCAAAGUAUAGGGAAUGGGGUUGGCGGAUUUUCCAGGCCUUUGAGAAGUAUACAAAAGUUGAUUCUGGUGGUUAUUCAUCAUUGGAUGAUGUCACAAACUUGCCUCCACCUAGGAGAGACAAAAUGGAAACUUUCUUCCUUGGGGAAACACUGAAAUACUUGUAUUUGCUCUUUGGUGAAAGCAGUAUUCUUCCACUAGAUAAGUAUGUAUUCAACACAGAGGCCCAUCCACUUCCAAUCAUUCAGUCUGCUGAACAGACCUCUCAUUCAGUAUAGUUUCGAAGUGUUUUAAUGGGUGUAGUUCAUUUACUAUAUCAUGUGAAAAGUGUAACCAAACACAAACAGAUACGCGAGAAAUAGUUACCGGACAAAA